AAGGAAGGCGAGAGAAACGGGAUUGGCGCGCGACACUCUGGCGGUGGUGGAAGCGUCUCGAUUGCGGUGUGCGCCUUUGUGAUCGGGUCGAGGUGCGUGCUUGCUGUCCCCGCAUAGAACAAGGUUUGAGGUUAUAAGCGAACGUCCGGCGAAAAUCGGAUUUUUUUUUCGAUCACGGUCUGCCGCGCGUACGACGUGGAUCGACAGCGGUGGACGUGUUUUUGUCAACGGAAGAUCGUGAGCGCCAGGUUAAUAAUUGUCGGGUGGCACAACAGUCUUAUAGCCGCCCCACGUUCCACGUGAAUUCAACGUUCACACGUUACGGCAAAGUGGACUCGAUGUCGAUAACAUGUCGGCUACGAACAACAUUAGGACGACGCGGAUGCAUAGGAUGGCCCGUCGGGCCGUUUGACGAUUAUUUAUGAAUCUACGAAGGAUUGCGAGAAGAGGGUAUUCACGUUACAACAUGGUGAAGGAGAAGGCAAAUUCGAUUCGUAUAUACGAUUCGGAGGGUUACAGACGCAGAGCUGCCUGCAUCUGCGUCAAAAAUGAUCUCGAGGAUGAGGUACUAUUAGUUACAUCCAGUCGAAGACCCGACAGUUGGAUAGUACCGGGUGGUGGUGUUGAACCCGAAGAGGAACCAGCAGUCACAGCGCUUCGUGAGGUCCGAGAAGAAGCUGGUGUUCUAGGACAGUUAGGCCGUUGUCUUGGCACAUUUGAGGUUAUAACUCGUGAUAACACGGAACACAAACACAGAACGGAAGUGUGGGUUAUGAGGGUGACGGAGGAGCUGCCAGAAUGGGAAGACUCGCGCGCUAUUGGUCGGAAGCGAAAAUGGUUCACUAUACCAGAAGCUCUGCUGCAACUUGGUCAACACAAGCCCGUCCAGAGAUCUUAUUUGCACAGCCUCCACAAUACUAAUCCUCGACAUAAUCCCACAUCUUUAUCCAAUCAUUCACACUCUACAAUGGCAUCUAUCGAAUUAAUGAAUAACUCUAGUAACAAUUCUCAUUUGAGCGAACACAGCUAAUAUUCAGUCUCGAAUCAUCCAACAUUUCUGUCAGAAGUCUCGAUCAUCAUGAGUCAGAGCAACUUUGUUUACUGUUACUUCUUCUUUCUCCUCUCCGAAGGAGUUGCAGUAACAAUUAUUGCUUUGCGUUUUAUACGAAAAUUAAUACUAUCUACUUAUACUUAUCUCUCUUGAUAUUAUUGUAUACUCUUUAGGUUAAUUACUAUUAUUAUUAUUACUAUGUUUACUCUCUUCUAGGUUGUUGAUAAAAUUUUAGGUUGUUUCGCAAAUGAACACAUUUUUGUAGCUGAAUUCUGAUUUUCUAACGUUUUAUGACUUUUAUCAAAUGUAUGGAAAGUGUGAUUAAGUUACUUGUUUCAUUAUUAUUUAGUGUUUGUGUUUAAUAUAGUUAUGUAGCACGCGUCACACAAUGAUCUUUUUUUUCCACGCAUUGCAUAUCCUCAGUCUACAAUUGCUGGAGUAUGUAUCAUAGUAACUUUUUCUACAUUUUCACAAGGAAAAAGUUACAUAUUUGUUAGCGUACGUGGUAAAUUAUAUACUUUGUAUAUUCUUGAAUAAAUUUUAUAAUAAUUUCUGCAAAUUAUACAAUAUACAUACAUA